GACAGGGAGAGGAGAGGCAGGGUGCACAUGAAGAGCUCCUGAAUCCUCGGAGAGGUCCUCACUGCCAGGUCGCCUGCUGUACCCAUGCUGCAUGUGGCCGGGGCUGGGAGGCUGCUGCCACCAAGUGCAGUCUCUGUACUUCCACAACUCGCCCUGACUGCAGCAGGAUGGUGGAGACGAGCUGAGUGUGAGGAGGAGUCCGGGGGGACAUGCUCCUGACUUACCCGCUGGUCAGUGCCCUUAUGCCUUGGCUGCUGGACUGAGGGAACUUCCUAGCUGGCGCCGACUACUUCUUACCUUCUUUUUCAUCGUGAGUCCCAGAAGCCAUGGCAUCCGAGACGGUGUGCGGGCUCGUCUUCAGGUUACUGCUGCCGGUCUGCCUGCUUGUGGCAUGUAUGUUCCGGUACAAUGGAAUAUCAUUCGUCUACCUCAUUUUCCUCUUGCUUAUUCCUUUAUUUUCGGAACCAACCAAGAUAACAAUGCAAGGACAUACCGGACGGUUAUUAAAAUCCUUAUGUUUCACCAGUCUUUCCUUCCUGUUAAUGCACAUCAUCUUUCAAAUAACAAUAAAUAGCUUGGAGGCCAGAAAGAUAAUAAACCCUUAUUUUAACUGCACAACAUGGGAGAAAACACUUCGACAGAUAGGUUUUGAAAGUGUAAAGGGAUCAGAUGCUGGCAAUGGAAUCCGAGUCUUUGUACCGGACAUUGGGAUGUUUAUUGCCAGUUUGGCCACUUGGCUGUUUUGCAAAAAACUUGUCCAGAAUUCAGUGACUGAGGAAGAUGCACAGUACAAUGCACAGUUUGUGAAUGAAGAAUUGACAAUGGAGAAAAUGGACAUGGAUGAUGCAUUAAUGUAUGAAGAAGACUUUGAUGAAAACAAUGGAAUUGAAGAGGCAGAAGAAAGUGCAAGGUUAAAACUUCUCCGCAAAGUUGCCUCAAUUGCCUCAAAACUUAAAGAAUUUAUUGGCAACAUGAUAGCCACUGCUGGAAAAGUAGUUGUUACAAUUUUACUUGGUAUAACAGGCAUGAUGUUGCCUUCUUUGACCUCAGCUGUAUAUUUCUUUGUAUUUUUGGGGUUAUGCACAUGGUGGUCCUGUUGCCGAGUAUUUGAUCCGCUGAUAUUCAGCUGUCUAUGUGUAUUAAUGGCCAUAUUUAGUGCAGGGCACUUGAUUGGACUUUAUCUGUACCAGUUUCAGUUUUUUCAAGAGAUCAUUCCACCUGGUGAUUUCUAUGCCAGGUUGUUUGGUGUCACUUCGAUAGUUCAGACCAACUGUUCAAGUACAUGGAAAUUCUUAGCAAAUCCAGACAUAAGUUGGUACCACUACACCAACCCUGUCAUGCUUUUAGUACUGUAUUACACGCUGGCGACUCUAAUACGCCUUUGGCUGCAAGAACCUGUCGUGAUCUUUGAAGAAAAUAAGGAGAAUGAAGAAGGUGAGAUAGAGGGAGACUGCAGCCCACCUGCACUUACUGCGGAAAGAAGACGAAGUCUGUGGUAUGCUACUCAGUAUCCCACAGAUGAGCGAAAACUUCUUUCCAUGACUCAAGAUGAAUACAAGCCAUCUGAUGUACUGCUUGUAACAGUUAACGGGACACCAGUGGAUUAUCAUACAAUAAAUACGUCACUCCCUAUAGAGAAUGGACCUACUAAAAUAGAUAUGUAUUCUACACCUCAGUAUAAAUGGGAGCAUACAGAUGAAAUCUCAGAAAAGAAAGAAGAAGAAGAGGAAGAGGAGAUGGAAGAGGACGUUUCUGAGAAAAAGGAAAAUGCCAAAGUUCAUGCUAUGGUGGCAGUUUUGCAGUUCAUUAUGAAGCAGAGUUACAUCUGUGCUCUUAUUUCUAUGAUGGCUUGGAGUAUUACAUACCACAGCUGGUUAACCUUUGUAUUGCUAAUCUGGUCUUGUGCUCUUUGGAUGAUUCGUGAUAGAAGGAAAUAUGCCAUGCUUAGUUCACCCUUUAUGGUUAUCUAUGGCAAUUUGUUGGUAACAUUACAAUACAUUUGGAGCAUAAAUUUGCCUACAGAACUUAAAGACAUUUCUGGUCUUCUUGAACGUAAGAGUCCGGAGGAACUCGCAUCAAAGAUACUUUUCAUUGUUACCUUUUGGCUUUUAUUGAGACAACACCUUACAGAGCAAAAACAUUUAAAGGAACAAGAAGCCACUUUGUCAGAAAUUAAAGUUGGGAGUCAAGAGAAAGAGGAAGAAAUACAAAAAGCUGAAGAUGAUGAAGAAGAAGAUGAAAAUGAUAUUAUGAAGGUGCUAGGGAACAUGGUGAUGGCACUGUUUGUGAAGUAUUGGAUUUACGUUUGCGGAGGAAUGUUCUUCUUUGUCAGUUUUGAAGGGAAAAUAGUCAUGUACAAAAUCAUCUAUAUGAUGCUGUUCCUGUUCUGCGUGGCUCUGUAUCAGGUGCACUAUGAAUGGUGGAGACGGAUUUUAAAAUAUUUCUGGAUGUCUGUGGUAGUUUACACCAUGUUGGUGCUUAUCUUAAUUUAUACUUACCAGUUUAAAUCCUUCCCACCUCUCUGGAUGAACAUGACAGGAUUAGAUGAAGAAAAGCUAGCAGAUCUUGGUUUAAAAACCUUUACCAUUAGUGACCUGUUCACUCGUAUAUUUAUCCCAACGUCUUUUUUGUUGGUGUGCAUAUUACACCUUCAUUACUUUCAUGACCAUUUCCUGCAGCUCACAGACCUUAAGGUUGUAACCAGCAAACAGGACAACACAAUUUACAGAUUGGUGCAUCCAGACGGUAGUUUGCCUGAUAUUACAAUGAUGAACUUAACUACAGAGUCUGAAAUGUUGGAAGAGAAGGAUGAAAAGCAGUUGGAAGUGUAUGGACAUCAAAAGGGUCAGGGUUCAGGAGAUGAAUGGGAGAAAGGAGAUGACAAAGGUGGAGGAGGAACUGAUGAGGAAGAGGAGGAAGAGGCUGAGGAAGAAGAAUCAGAAGAAGAGGAAACAUCAGAUUCCAGAAAUAAAUGGCAUCUAGUUAUCGACCGUUUGACAGUCCUCUUCCUAAAGUUUCUGGAAUAUUUCCAUAAGAUGCAAGUGUUUGCCUGGUGGUUUCUGGAACUUCAUAUAAUAAAAAUAGUUACUUCAUACAUCAUAUGGGUGACUUUGAGAGAGGUAUCUUUGCUGAAUUAUGUGUUUUUGAUUGCCUGGGCAUUUGCAUUACCUUAUUCCCAGUUACGACCAUUGGCAUCUAGUGUUUGCACUGUCUGGACUUGUGUGAUCAUUGUGUGCAAAAUGUUGUAUCAACUCACAACCAUUGAGCCACUGAACUUUUCCAGCAACUGUACUAUGCCUUUUCUCAAUCAGACAAAUAUUGUCAGAACAGAAGACCUUCAGAAAUCGCUUCUGUACAGUGGUCCAAUUGAUCCAUCUGGAUGGGUUGGACUAAAAAAGUCCACACCUCUUCUUUCAUACUUACGAAAUAACUUACUCAUGUUGUUCAUAUUAGCUUUUGAAGUGACCAUCUACCGGCAUCAGGAAUAUUACAGGUGUAGAAACAAUCUGACAGCACCAGUCACAAAAACAAUAUUUCAUAAUAUAACAAGACAUCACCUGGAUGACGGCCUGAUAAAUUGUGCCAAGUAUUUCAUAAACUAUUUUUUCUACAAAUUUGGUAUGGAGACUUGCUUCUUACUGUCUGUUAAUGUAAUCGGUCAGAGGAUGGAUUUCUUUGCCAUGAUCCAUGCAUUUUGGCUGUUUGCCGUACUGUAUAGACGAAGGAGAAAAGCAAUUGCAGAAAUCUGGCAUAGAUAUUGCUGCUUUCUUGCUUGCAUUAUUACAUUCCAGUAUUUCAUAUGUAUUGGCAUUCCUCCGGCUCCAUGUAAAGAUUAUCCUUGGAGACAUCAUGGAGCCAAAUUUAAUUCCAAUAUAAUUAAAUGGUUGUACUUUCCAGACUUUAUUGUGAGACCUAACCCCUUAUUUCUCAUCUAUGAUUUCAUGCUGUUGCUUUGUGCAUCUCUUCAAAAGCAAGUGUUUGAGGACGAAAAUAAGGCAGCAGUUCGUAUCAUGGCAGGGGAUAAUGUGGAAAUAUGUAUGAAUCUUGAUGCAGCAUCAUUUAGUCAGCACAAUCCAGUCCCUGACUUUCUCCACUGCAGGUCUUACCUGGACAUGUGCAAAGUAAUCAUGUUCAGUUAUCUCUUCUGGUUUGUCCUCACCAUUAUAUUCAUUACGGGAACUACAAGAAUCAGUAUAUUCUGCAUGGGCUACUUGGUGGCCUGUUUCUACUUCCUCCUAUUUGGAGGAGACUUACUGCUGAAGCCUAUACGAAGUAUCCUGCGUUUCUGGGAUUGGUUAAUAGCAUACAAUGUCUUUGUUAUAACCAUGAAAAACAUAUUGUCGAUAGGGGCCUGUGGCUACAUAGACUCGCUGAUAGAAAACAGUUGCUGGCUAAUUCAGGCAUUUAGUCUGGCAUGCACAGUUAAAGGUUAUGAUAUCCCGAUUGACCAGAAGAGCUGUCAGUUACCAAGUGGUGAGGCUGGUAUCAUCUGGGACAGUAUAUGUUUUGCAUUUCUCUUAUUGCAAAGACGAGUAUUCAUGAGCUAUUACUUCCUACAUGUAGUUGCGGAUAUUAAGUCUUCUCAGAUUCUUGCUUCAAGAGGAGCAGAACUGUUUCAGGCUACUAUUGUCAAAGCUGUAAAGGCAAGACUCGAAGAGGAAAAAAAAUCCAUGGAUCAACUGAAGAGACAGAUGGAUCGCAUUAAAGCCAGGCAAGAAAAAUAUAAAAAAGGUAAAGAAAGAAUGUUAAGUCUUGCACAGGAGUCAGGAGAAAGCCAUGAGAUUCAGAAACAUGAUGAGGAUGAUGAUGAAGGAGAAGCAGAAAAAGAGAAAGUCAAGGGCAAAAAAAAGCAGUGGUGGCGUCCUUGGGUUGAUCAUGCUUCCAUGGUCAGAAGCGGUGAUUAUUAUUUAUUUGAGACGGAUAGUGAAGAAGAAGAAGAAGAUGAAACUAAGGAUGAGGAUGAGCUCAGAAGAAAAUCUGCUUUCCAGUUUAUCUACCAAGCGUGGAUCACUAAUCCAAAAACUGCCCUGAGGCAAAGACGUAAGGAGAACAAAGAAGAAAAGGAAAGGGAAAUGAGACGGAAAGGUAAUGCAAAAGGUCACAUUAUUAUAGAUUGUGAUGAGAAAGAAGAAAUCAAAAAGAAGUCAGAUGGUCCAGAUAAUGUCAUCAAAAGGAUAUUUAAUAUUUUGAAGUUUACAUGGGUUCUUUUCCUUGCAUCCCUUGAUAGUUUUACUGCCUGGCUUAAUUCAAUUUCUAGAGAACACAUUGAUAUCUCCACAGUGCUAAGAAUAGAACGUUGUAUGCUGACCAGAGAAAUUAAAAAGGGCAAUGUUCCCACACGGGAAAGCAUUCAUAUGUAUUACCAAAAUCACAUAAUGAUGACAAUGUCUAGAGAGUCAGGGCUAGACAGGAUUGACAAUGAGCCUGGCCAUGCUUCCAGUCAUCAAGGCCAUGGAAAAAUCGCAAGUAAAAGGAUGGACAGUGCGGAUUCAGUUGCUUCUCAUGAUAGCAUGUCCAGCUGCAACACUGAAGCAACCAUGCUGUUCUCAAGGCAGUCCACACUUGAUGAUUUAGAUGGACCAGAGGCUAUACCAAAAACAAGUGAGCGCGCCAGACCUAGGCUUCGUAAAAUGCACAGCAUGGACAUGUCCUCUUCCUCUGCUGACAGUGGCAGUGUAGCAUCAAGUGAACCAACACAGUGUACCAUGGUCUACUCAAGGCAGGGAACAACUGAAACUAUAGAAGAGGCAGACGAUGAGCAAGAAGAAGAUGGCAAAAGUCCAACCUCAAGAUUAGGUGCAUUGGAUGAAGACUAUUGUGUUGACCUAGAGGGAUCCGGCUACACACCUGAAACAGAAAUGCCUCUAUAUUCCACAGCAGAUGGAGAUCUUCCCCCAUCUUACAGCAAAGCUGUCAGCUUUGAGCAACUGUCAUUUACUUCCCGUGAUGAAUCUGCUGAUAAUAAUUUGAUGCUUCUAAGUCCAGAUGACAGCUGCACUGACAAGCAACAUGAUGCUAUUCUGCCUUCUCUUACACAUGAAUUGACUGCAAGUGAACUUCUCGUAAAUAAGAUGUUUCAAGAUGAAGAACUGGAACACUCUGAGAAAUUUUACAUUGGACAGCCACGUUUUUUGCAGCUUAUUUAUGCUCUUUACAACACCUUAGUUGCCAGAUCAGAAAUGGUUUGCUAUUUUGUGAUUAUCCUCAACCACAUGAUCUCCGCUUCCAUAAUAACAUUGGUUGUACCAAUUCUCAUAUUUUUGUGGGCCAUGCUGUCUGUGCCACGUCCUAGUAAACGGUUUUGGAUGGCCGCCAUUGUAUAUACAGAGGUAACAAUCGUUAUCAAGUAUUUCUUCCAAUUUGGAUUUUUUCCAUGGAACAUUAAUUUGGAGUUGUACAAAGACAAACCUUACCAUGUUCCUAAUAUAAUUGGUGUGGAGAAGAAAGAAGGAUAUGUACUCUAUGACUUGCUUCAACUCCUUGCUUUGUUUUUUCAUAGAUCUAUUUUAAAGUGUCAUGGUCUUUGGGAUGAGGAUGAUGUGAGUGAUAAUGCCACCCACAAGGAUGAUACAGAUGGUGAAAUUUCAGAAGGAUCAGAAAGAAGAGAUUCUGUUGGCUCAUUAAAAUCAGUUAACCUCGCAGCAUCUGUAGAAUCUAUCCAUGUCCAUUUCCCGGAGGAGAAGGCCGCCAUUAGAAGAAAGAGUUCUAGUAGUGGCUCACAAAUUUCACACAGGUCUAGUUACUCCUCACACAGAUCAAAGAGAGGUAGCACCAGCACAAGAAACAGCAGUCAGAAGGGUAGCAAUACAAGUAUCAAACAGAAAUCGAGAAAAGAAUUGCUGAUGGAAAAACUUCGAGAGCAACUUAUCAAAGCUAAAGCAUUUACCAUUAAAGUAAUUCUUCAGAUAUAUUUGCCAAUCAAACAAUUUUUUUACAACCUCAUUCAUCCAGACUACAGUGCCGUGACAGACGUCUAUGUGUUAAUGUUCCUGGCAGAUACUGUAGACUUCAUCAUAAUUGUAUUUGGCUUCUGGGCAUUUGGAAAACACUCUGCUGCAGCGGACAUUACCUCUUCUCUGUCAGAAGACCAGGUACCAGAAGCAUUCUUGGUGAUGGUUUUGAUACAGUUUGGCACAAUGGUUGUGGACCGGGCUCUCUAUCUCAGAAAAACUGUGAUGGGCAAAGUCAUAUUUCAGGUUAUUCUGGUGUUUGGUAUACAUUUUUGGAUGUUCUUCAUUUUACCUGGAGUAACAGAAAGGAAAUUCAGUCAGAACAUUGUCGCACAGCUAUGGUAUUUUGUGAAGUGUAUCUAUUUUGGACUGUCAGCGUAUCAGAUCCGCUGUGGAUACCCAACACGUGUUCUUGGGAACUUCCUCACAAAGAGCUACAACUAUGUCAAUCUUUUCUUAUUUCAAGGCUUUCGCCUGGUACCAUUUUUAACUGAGCUGAGAGCUGUCAUGGAUUGGGUAUGGACAGACACUACACUCAGUCUUUCCAGUUGGAUCUGUGUAGAGGAUAUUUAUGCACACAUAUUUAUACUAAAAUGCUGGCGUGAGUCAGAAAAGAGGUAUCCACAGCCACGGGGCCAGAAGAAGAAGAAAGUAGUGAAGUAUGGAAUGGGUGGAAUGAUCGUUGUACUUCUGAUAUGCAUUGUUUGGUUCCCUUUGCUUUUCAUGUCUCUAAUAAAAUCAGUUGCUGGUGUGACAAACAAGCCCCUGGAUGUGUCUAUUAAAAUAUCUUUGGGAGGUUUCCAGCCUAUUUUUACUAUGAGCGCACAACAGAACCAGUUAAAAGAAAUGGAUGCAGCACUGUACAAGUCAUUUGAGAAGCAUUUUAGUAAGGAAACUUCGGCACUCCAGUUUCUGGAAGCAUAUGGAAGGGAAGACAUUACCAUUGCAGAACUAGAAGGGAAUUCAAACUCUUUAUGGACCAUUAGCCCUCCAAGUAGAAAGUCAAUGAUACAAAGCCUUAAAAACCUGGACCAUGACUUCACACUUGUCAUCUCUUGGACCAUACAACGAAAUAUGAGCCUUGGAGCUAAAGCAGAAAUGACCGGGGAGAAGCAUACUGUCUCUUUGUCCAAUGCUACACGUUUAGCAAUCGCAGAGAUGAUGAACUUAGACAAUGGAAAGACAGUAAUGCUUGAACACAUCUAUCCAUGGUAUAUCAAAGCACCAAGUGAUUCUACAGCAAAGCCCAUACUGCAGCUCCUCCAGAACCAAGAAUUUGUAAAUAUUACUGUCAGUCUCAAGAGAAAUGGUACUGGAGAUUUUGCCCGAGAGUGGUGGGUUCUAAAUCAGGGUAACAAGCAUUCUUCAAGCAACACUGGCUUGGAACUAUAUGUUUUCAGCGAUAAAGUCAGCCCUCCAAGCCUAGGAUUUUUAGCCGGUUACGGAAUUAUGGGAUUGUAUGCUUCAGUGGUACUUGUAAUAGGAAAAUUUGUACGAGAGUUCUUCAGUGGAAUAUCCCACUCAAUCAUGUUUGAGGAGCUACCAAACGUGGACCGUAUCCUAAAAUUGUGCACAGACAUUUUCCUGGUAAGAGAGACUGGAGAACUGGAACUGGAAGAAGAUUUGUAUGCCAAAUUAAUAUUCUUAUACCGCUCACCAGAAACUAUGAUCAAAUGGACAAGAGAAAAAAAUAAAUAAUAUUAAUGAACUCAGUGAUUCAUUUGACAUCAUUUGGAUUAUUAAAAGCACAAUAUUACCAUAGCUCCCAUAAGAGCUUGGACUCUUGCAAUGAAGAAGCAGUUACCUUGCAACAAUUUUACAGAGGGUCAGGUGUUUUUGGAUCUGAAGCCAACAAUAUCACACUAACUUUUCUUUAGAUUUCAAAAUCUUCAAAGGUAUGGCCAACACAAUGCGAGAGUGGGAAUACAGUUAUACGACUGUACAAGUUUCUUCAGCAAAGACAUCUCCUGGAAUGUGCAAUAUGCUGCUUUAGAAUGUUCUAAAUCAUUGAAAUGGCAAUUUGUUGUUUUUUUUUUUGUUUGUUUUUUAUCAUCCCGGGAAGACUUGCUGCAUUGAAGGUUAGAUAAGUGACUGCACAAUUGCCUGUUAUAGGGAAAUAGAUCAUUAAUGCAUUCAAGCCUCACUCUACCUACAGAAAUACACAAACUGACAAUCUUGUUAACUGCCUUAUUUUAUUGGAACUUCCCAACCAAAUAUUUUCAUCAGUGAUUUGACUUUUUCUCAGGAAAAUGAAAAAAAUACCCUAAAAAUCAUGUAAAAAAAAAAAAAAUAAUGGCAACGCGAUGUCAACAGCUGUUCCUUUAAAAUGACUAUCAUAAUUGUUUCUCUGUUGUUACCGGCUGAGAUGCAUGCCUCUAACUUGUACCCACAGGACUUACUAGGGCUUGUACAUUUUGUUUCCAAAUGGAGAAGGAAAAUGUUUACAUGACAUAUUCACCUUUCUUUUUUUACUAUAGUCUUAUUUUUAUGUCCACAGUUUACCAUAAGUCAAAAUGUCCUUAUUUAUUUCUAAUCUCAAACUUCCACAGUCCUGAUCAGGGGAAAGGUCACAAUGUAAAAAUAAGAUGAAAAUUGAUAAUCAGCUGUUUGGCAAAAGGCAGAGGAGGGGUUAAAAUAACAAAAUAAAUUACGCUAACCAGUUUAACCACCUCUGCCCCAGCACCCCUCACUCCAACCCACCCUGCCAGGCUUUGUUUACAUGCUGCAGCGGUAACAUACCCGUAUACCACAUGCUCCCUGCAGCCAAUCACAAGGCUCAGCGGUCUCAUGCUGUUUGUCGCUGAGGUCAGCAGUCAUGUGUCAUAUAUGGACACAUCAUCACUGCAGCCAAGAAGAAGAUGUCAUGGCUGCAGCUACGGGGAGGAUUGGAGAGCUGACACUGGAGAAGAGGAGGUUUGAGCCAAUAAGAAUGCAUUCGUUUGGAAUUUUAACAUCUUCCUUGCCUUUUCAAAAAAAUUUUUUACCCUCGACAGCCCUUUUAA